UUUGCCACUGACAGGACUUGGUCGAGUGGCAAAGGCAGCCCCCAGUCCCCGAGUGGAAAGGGCCGCAGCCGAGAGAAGGGGAAGCGAGCAGGGAAGACGGAGCGUGGCAACCCGCAGCAGCUGUACAGACUGAGCAUUACAAAUCCACGCUCCAACCCCACCAUUGGGAUUGCCUACCCACAACAGAAAGUCACGCCACCCAAGAAGUUGGAGUCGAGUCGGGGCCCAGUCUCGGGCAGCUACAGAUUCCACGUUCCCAGUAUACCAGAGAGGGAGGCCGAACUUCAGCAAGAAGACCUCAACUAUAGCCGCUGCUUCCAGGAGGCCUCGUCUAAUCUUACCUCCCAAAGCUAUACCUCACAGGCACUGGGUUCCUCAGGUGGAGUUUCAUCCCACCCACAUCCACCCCUGUCGCAGCAGCAGCAGCCUUCCUCAAUGGAGAACAACAGCACACAGCCCGGCAGCCAGCUGAUCCUUGCUGACUUUCAGCUGAGUGGAUCUAAUGUAUGGCCGUCUCCUGAAAGGACUUUUAACGGUGCUAACUAUGGGGUGUCAUUACAAAAAUCCACUUCCCUGACAGAUGCUAAUAAGGCAAGUGCCUUCUUGUCUGGGCAGUUUCAAUAUGGAUAUAAUUUUCUGGAAGAAUCAACCUCUGACUCUUUUCCCUGUGAACAGAACCCCCAAACCCAAGACUUUACAGACUCCUCGCUGGGUUCUGUUCAUGUGCCCCACAACUCCUUUUCCUUUACGACUGGAGAAGGGCAAAACAUUGCUCACAAUAGCACUCAGUUUAGUAAUGAACAGCUGUCGGAGGAUAGAAACUCUUAUCCUCAACCCCCGCUGUCUCAGUUUAUUCAGGGGGUUCCUUCCUCUAUCCAGUGUCCGAGGAAUCUGAGCGAGGACUCAGCCAGUAGUGACAGCUCUGGGUCCAGCUCACAGCAGUCAGAGCAGGGGAAAACUGCCCUGCCCGAGAGCACAGACACUAUUGCACUGGAAGACAGUCAGGAUGCAGCCAUCACCUCAGGGAGUAAGAGGAACUGUCAUCCUAAAGACACAGCUGCCAACCAAAGACCACACAUUCAAGGAAGUGUGCACCAUGCAAGAAAUAUUUCAGGUCCAGGCUCCCAAAUGCACUUUCCCAGCAAAACAUUCAACAACAUUCCAGUCAGUAACAUUCACACAGGCUCCAUGCCUUUUGAUAAAAACAUCAAUAAUAAGGUUUUAAAUAGGUUACCACAAUCAUGGGAGGGGCCUAAUAAGACAUAUUCACCAGCUGAACAAAACACAAUUCAGUAUACUGAUAUGAAUGACAAGUUUCAGUUUCAGAACCAGCCAGCACCAGACCAAAGGUCCAAUUCAUCUAAAAAUAGCAGAAUGCCCUGGCAGCAGAUACGGCCAACCCCUGCCAUGCCCAACCAAAACAGAAUUGAGUUAUCUAGACAAAUAAGCAGUCAGAAACUGCCUUACAUUGUUUCCCCUUCUGACUGGCAGGAGGAAAGUAAAUCACAUAAACAUAGCUCACUGAAAAACCCAGCCACUUUUCAAAACAACAGAACCAGUGAUGGGUUUUUAAACCAAAGACAGGAGACUGUAAAACAUAGCAAUAACACAGUCUCUACUUUUAAAGUUGAGAUGAGUCACGCACAAGUAUGUGAAUCCAAAAAUAAGGGGGUGUAUUUUGGACUAAACCAGUCCCUUCCAGCACCGGCAUCGAGAAACUACAGCUAUCCUCCACUACAGGUCCCACCUAUGGGACUAAUGAUGGUGUCACCUUAUGAAUCUCCUUUGCCCUCACCAGUUCAUAAUGCUGCAUCCAAUAGUACCUGCUCCUCCCUCUCCCCAGCGUCCACCAGUCCUGUAAACAUCAGUUCAGAGGACAGUCAAAUGUCAAAGUCAGCCCCCCCUCACCCUUAUUAUCACCAGCCCAUACCCAAAACACAGUUGUCCUCAGAUCACCUGAACUCUAACCCUCAUCAGUUUCAUUCUGAUGCUCGACGAAACCAUCCUUACGCGCCAGACCGAGCCAAAGACGACAUGAUGAGCUACCUGCAAAACAGCACACAUCCGAAGGCUAAUAUGGAUGGAAACAAAGGUUACAUGGACAGUUUUGGGGUGGAGCAUCACCAGCCCCCGCCGCCAUACUCUGCACAUCAGCUGUUAGCGUCCUCAUUAGCCGCAGCAAAUCUUGACCAGUUAGAUGUGCUUCUGACAUGCAAGCAGUGUGAUCAGAAUUUCAACAACCUAACUUCCUUUCUGGGCCAUAAGCAAUAUUGUGCUCAGCAUACGUUUGCACAAAAUGAACUCAAAGACAUAUCAAAGAUGGAAGACAGCAGAAAGUUUCACACAGAACCCGCAAAAGCGGUGUCGUCUGUAUCAAAUGUUUUGAUGUCACGGUGCCCAUCUGACCUUCACCUAUCUUUGUUGGGCCUCAAUAAAAAUGGGGAACUGAUAUCUGACAGUGAAACAAAAGGAGACAGCAAAGAUGAUCCAAUGAAACUCAACCUGUUCUCUGGACCUGGUCACCUCCCUGUCACUCUCCCUGAGCUGGAAAUGGAUGCUAAAUUAGACAGCCUAAUUACAGAAGCUUUGAAUGGACUCGGAUAUCAAUCAGACAAUGCAGAGAUAGACAGUAGUUUCAUCGAUGCAUUUGUUGAUGACGACCUCACCACUGUCAAAGCGACAUCAAAUAAACAAUGCCUGAAAACCAAAGAAUCCCUGGUCUUUGAGAGCAAAAAUAAACAGGCAGCAGAGGAUGACAGGUCUUCCUCACAGGGAAAGUAUUUUUAUGACUCUGAUGUUGAGAAUCUUGAGAUUGAUAAACAGUACACAGAAAGCAAGCUUGAGAAAAUAUCUCUGAAUUUGGAACAAGAUGAGAGAAUUAACAUAAAAAAGGAAGUCUCUCAUAAGAAUUCAAGAAUUGCCUCGAGGGAGAAGACGAGGGAACAAGACAACACAUUGAAAGAGGCGAGAAAACUAUGCAAGAGUGAGGAUGAAAACGCAGGUACACAAAGGUUUCUCUUAUCCAGCAAGUUUUCUGAGCGUUGUGGCGUUAAAAGCUUUCAGGAAAGCUCUGCACUUAGAGGGUCAACACCCUCACAGGCCUCCACAUCUCCAACCUCAAGAACUGCAGUGAAAGAGAGCAAGAGGAAAAACUCUGGAGGGGGCACCUGGAGCAAAGAACUUAUUCACAAAAUAGUUCAACAGAAAAAUAAGCUUCAUAAGCUCCAUGUUAAAGGAACUAAAAACCUCCAGUUUUCCCUCGUGAUGGAGAGACUCACUCCCACUGUGCAGAACCCUGCAUUUGGAGAAUACGACUACGUCUCGGACACAGACGAUGAAUGUGAGCCUGUUAAGAUGGCAAGCCAGGGCCGGCUGAAUCAAAGCAGUCGGUGUAAAUACACAUACACAAAAGAGUGUAAGUGGAGGGCAAGAAGUGAGAGGGACCAGGCAGCGUGGCGACAUGAGUCAAAGGAGUGUUUUGAGGUUAAAAAGAGUGAGGAGGUUUCUCUCUCGCCUGAGAAACAUGCUUCUCACCAGAGACUCAGGAGGAGGGGUAGCAGGUCAUCUACAAGCAGUGAAGUAAGCACAUCUGUGAGUGUUUCAAGCGAUGGUAUCAGCAGCCCCAAAAGCAUUGACCGCACUGACUCCGACUGUGAGAAAAAGACAGACGUCAAAAAGAAUGAAUUCCCAGAGCAGCAAACGUAUGAAAGGUCUUCCCCGCAGAAGUUAUGUAAAGACUCCAGCUCACUAGCACUGACAUUCUCUAAGCCUGUCAAGAAGUACAAUACCGACAAAGCCAUUCUGUCAGACAGCACAGACGAUCCACAUAAUCAGUCCAAUCCAGAAGUUGAUGAACAAGUGUCAUCCUCACAAAGAUCAAAAGACACAAUCAAAAACUUUGAAAAAAGCAGAAGCUCUCAUACGAAAAGAGAGAAGCUAAUGUCUCCUAGAAAGGAAACUGGCAAAACAGUAAAUCCAGACCAAAACGCUCCACAGAGAGAAGACAAUCCGUGCACCAAAGAAGAACCAACACACGUGCUGUCUUUACACUGUAGUAGUACAGAUAGCACACCACUACAGUUUGAUUCACACUCUAACACCAUCAACAAAGAACCUGAUUUCAAUAUUGACACACACACAAAGGGUACAGAAGGCGAGGGGCCCCAAGCCACACAGCCAGAGCUAUCAGACAGUACCACAUUUGAAAAACAGAGUGACAGUGUCUGCAUGGUGAAAGAGGCUAUUCAUUUAGUCAAUGACCUAGACGCACACAAGCCUGCAUCCCUCUGCACCUCUUUGAUGGAUGAGGUGUGCCUGUCUCCAACUAAGCGGCAUGGCCCUUUGAUACAAAAGGAUAUGCUCCACCUCAUGCACUACCCCCUGGAUCAGGACCAGGGGCUCCUGAAAUCCCCACUUUCAUUUGACACCUCAUCAAUGUUCGGGGAUCUUACAGGAUUUGACAGUGGCCUCUACUCAGAUAUGCCGAUUCAGAAAGACGGUUUCCAUUCAAUGGAGAACACAACUGAUAAAAAAGAAGAGUUUGUGUCAUCCUUCUCUCCCUUUCUGGAACAGAGAGACUGGAACCUUAUAGUUAGCCCUGUACUGCCGGAUGAGAUAUCUCAGUACAAAAGCAGCUCUGAGAAACCAAACGAAAAGAAAACAGAUUACAAUCAUGUUUCUUUGUCUCUGCCUGAUAAAAUAAUUGACUACAGUGAAAGUCUCCACAGAUGUGCAUCAGAGGAUGAGUUGGAGAUAAAAAGAAUAGUGAGUGAGCUUGAAAACCAGCUGCAAACAACUAAGUUGGAAAACCCAACCCUACUAGCUCAGGAUGUCACAAAACAGCUGAAAAUGAGCAAGUUUUCACCUUUACGUCUGAGUGACGAGACAGAGAGUGGGGGUCUGGAUAUAAAGUGCUCUGUGCAAACAAUGAAUGUAGCAGUGAGCAGUUUGCCCUCUGAGCCUUUCACUGAACCAUGGUCCAGUCCAUUCCACUUUGACCUAAUGGGUGAGCACCACAGUCCCCACACUCCAAUGCACAAUGAACCAGGGGCCCUUGAGCAUCUCACUGAAAACGUGGAUGAUAGUUUUAUCACCACAGCCUCCCAUAUUGAACACCGACAGCUCCACCAUGACCAGGAGUCAGUGAAGAGGGAUGCUGAAAAAGAGACUCCUACUGAAACAAAGGAAGAGAUUUUAGAACAGAAGAGGUAUACAGAAAACCUCAUGAAAAGCCUGGAGGUGAUUUCCGACUCUAUAUUCAAAAAAGAACCCAUUAUAUCAGAACACAAGGAGCCAAAUGUCACCUCUCUCACAAGUCAACAACGUCAAGAAAUUGAAUGUCAGGCAACUGAUGCAGUUGAGAGAGAAGAUCACAGUGAAAAAGAAGCAAUUACCGGGAAGGAGAAUAUAUUAUCACCUCCAAAUAUCAAUGAGCGGAAGGACGAUAUUGAAUUCAUUCUGAAUGAGUCACUGUCAUCUCUCUCGAACAGCACUGACCCCACUGUCGAUGGAAAACAGCCAAUUUCAUUACAGCCAAGUAAGCCCACAGAAAACAAUGACAGCAAGGCUGGGACUAAAGUCACAUCAGAGGAGGAUAUCACAGAGAAUAGUCAUUUGAUUGAGUCCGCUCCUUGCUCAAGUGUGGUGACACAUGACCCACAUGUGGUUGAAGAGUCUGACAGAGACAGUAAUGCAGCAUACGAUGUGAAUCACUUAUUUGAAAACAGUGGUAACAGUCCAGAACAUUUGACCACAAAUGGAUAUGAGGAAGCAGAGGCAGUGAAGGGGAUCACCGAUCAAUCAUUUAGCCAACCCUCAUCACCAGCUCUACCUGACAUUGGUCUCGACAUUGACGAGCAAAUUAAAACAGCAGGCAAAGAACAUUCCACCGAAAACCAUGAUGACACUGAAGACAUUAGUUCAUUUGUCAUUUCAGGAGUUGAAUGCUCAGACAGUGUACACGAGGAAAUAACCGCCGAACAGGAUCCUUUGAUUGGACUAUCUCCAUGUGAGAACCGCAGCCCUGCUAAGACUUACAGUGCAAGUCCAACAACUGCUCUGUCGAUUGAGAUCGUCACCACAGACGAGCCCUGUAGUCCAAUACUUGUGGAACCCAAUACAGAGAGCACCAGUCAUUGCUCACCCUUCAGAGACACGGCAUCCACAAAGGGACAAAGUCAUCUCUUGAUUAUUUCACAGUCCGAUGCCCUUAUUGAGAGAGCUUCCUGCAACGUUUCGCCAUUCGAAGAGUCAUUAGAACCUGAAACAGGUCUUGGCUUUCAGGAACAAGAUGAUAUUUUAAAUGUUCAGGACAUCAAAGAACACCUUCCUAUUGAUUUCCUGGCAAGUCACCAAAACUCACCAUGCAGAGAAGAGGACGAUGAAAGUGAUUUUCCUCACACUGCCCCACCAACCAGUCCUCUAACUUCAGCCUCUGAUCAAACAACCUUGGAAAACUGGAACGUUGAAGAGGGGUCAUGUCAGUCACAGAGCAAAUCCAGUGAUAUGUCUGUUAAUCAAGGCUCAAUUCAAAAUAUACAGUCCCCCAUGAACACAGAAGAAAACUGCAACGGGAAAGAGGCUUUAAACAGUGACAGAGAACUGCACACAACAGCAGAGAUUGAGUAUUCCUUGAUAAGCCCACAUACUCUGGAUUUGGGGGUAAUUAAGUGUAAAAUCCCCACCUCUGAAAUCAGCAUUCCUUCUCCACUUCCAGUCACCAGCCCAGCAGAACCAGCAGAAGUGUCAGAUUGCCUCGAAAAGAGUGAUUCGAUGUGCGAUUUCAAGCUCAGCCCUCUCAACUACAACAGCAUCUCAGACGAACCUCCGCAACUGAAUCAAUAUGACUACAUUUCACCUGCCAGUGAACACAGUGAGAAUGCAGACAUCAAGCAGAGUCCAAGAGAUGACUGUGGAGCAUGUGACCUGAGCGUAAACCCUGCACUGAUUUUCAACAAAGCUGAAGUAGAGGCGGUGGUAUCACUGAACUCAGACCCUGCAGCUAAAAUCAUUUUAUCAGUUGAACCACUGGUCCUCCAGCAAAGUAUGGAAUCCUCAGCUUUUCCAUUGGGUGAUUCCUCAACUGUUAAUGAAAAGACAGAUUUGCAGGUUCACCAUGAAAUAGUUGGACCUGUUGAGCCUUUGAAUGUUGACCUGCUAAGAAAGGAUGAACCAAAGAUGUUAGGCUCUCAGCAGGCUUCUGCUGAAGAUAGUACACUCAUAAACAACAUUUCAGAUGGUCUGCCCACUUCUAAGCCACUCAUUAUCUGUGAAAAUGAACAAAUGCCCCCUCCACCAGACCCAUCAGAGAAGCAACUCACAAUACAGACUGGCCAGUAUUCAAAAGCACAAGUACACAAAGAAGCAACACCAAAAAAGACACCAAACAGUGCCCAGCAGGGGAAAGAGCUCUGUGAAAUCUGUCUUAUGUGUUUCAGGACUGUGCCUGGGUUAAAGAGACAUAAAGCGAUGAAACAUUUGGUCAGAAGUGAAAAACACAUUGGCCUCCAGAGCACAACAUCAAGCCAUCAGGGGACUAUGCUUAUUUGUGAAGCAUCACAAACCACAGAGAAAGAACAGAAAGAUGAUUCACAGACCUGUUACCCAACAGAAAUAGACGGGCUGCCUGAAACAAGUAGCACUCUCAUGUCUAAAGCAGCAGAGACUGAGUCAGUCCCGGAGGAACUGGCAAAAGAGACAAAUGCAGUGACAGUGGGUGAAGUAGGCCAUCGAAACCCUGUACUACCAUCAAAAGCAAAGAACAACAAAACUAGAAAGAACAAAAUCACUGAUGUAAACAUCAAGACAGACCCUUUCUCUGAUGAGCUUCUGAAUAUAUUAAAAACAGACCUACUUCAAGCUAUAAUCCCUGAAUUCAAAAGCAGUGGAAUACAAGAGAUGCGCAAAUCUCCAGCAGAGCAUAUGAUAAUCAAUGAAAAAACUGUUACUGGAACAGAAACAUCUCCUCAAGCUGUGACUGAACAAUCUGGCUUCAACAGCACACCCCAAUCUCUAACAAAAGAACCAAAUGUACUAAAUGAGACUGUGGAGCAAAAUGAAAUCACUAAUACGGAAGAAAUGAAAUGUACAAGCAUGACAAAUGGUGACAUUCAUACAGAUAAUAAUGUGGAAAGUGCUUUAUCUGUAGACAAUGAGCCAAGAAACACUCCGUGCUGUGCUGUGGAAGAAGUGUGUGAACAGAAAGCUUCAGAAGACAGCCUUGCCCAAGAGAUCCUCAGAAAGGUGGUGGCAUCAGACGAAGCACAUCCUCUCUCCUGUUUGAGUUGUUCCCCUGUCAGUCCUCCCGGCAUCAGUCCUGAUCUGAAGGCACUACUUGACGACGACACCACAUUCUCACAGCUGUUCCCCAGAGAUGACGAGGCAAAAAGGAAAAAGUGCCCGAGGGUGUACAGCAAAAGAAACAAAAGACAAAAGCUAUCGCCUGAUACAAAUGUUACUCAGGAAUCUCCUCCUUUAGAAACUCUCAUGCAAAGUAAAGAUCAGUUCACGGAAAACAAAGCAGAGGAGAUUUUCACUGAGAGUCAAACUAACCGCUGUGAAUAUGAGACAAUAUCUAUUGAUGAUGCCAUCAUGUUGAAUAUGUGCCACAACAGCACGUUAAACACUGGUGUCAAGGAGGUGUCAGACGCUAAACAAAGUGAUCAGCGGGAUGUUCUUGAGGGCGUUAAAGAGGUCUGCAACAGCCCCUUGAAUCCACUCGAGAGCACUGUUGAUGAAUCUUCAAUUGAAUGGAGUGGCUCCAGUGGCUUGGACGCAGGCUCAACGGUGACCUCUGACCCCAGCAGCUGUAAAGCAGAGGAGCCAACUCCACCCAGCCCUUCGCCCCCGCCCUCGGCCCCCCACACCGUAGACCCGUGCGUCACAAAGGGUAUCCAAACCUUCCAAAGCAUUGACAUCCAAAACGUCAACACCACCUUUCAACUUCCUGAGAUUAAGUUCUUCGAUCCAAAAAAAGAUAUCUCAGUGGCUCCUCCGGUUGCAGCCGUCGACGUGGAAAACAGAGAUGAUGAAAAGUCCAAGAAAGUGACGGAGAGGCGGGGCAGGAAACGGAAAGACGGCGGAAUAAAGGUCAAAGAUAAGCAGUACAAGUGCAAAGUGUGCUUCACCUGGUUCCUCACCCUGGGAGAGCUGAACUUUCAUAAACUCUCCCACAACCCCUCCCCCCCUCCAACCUGCUACAUGUGUGUCCAGCGUAAGUUCAGCUCCAGGGAACAGCUGAGAGACCAUCUGAGGGAGAAACACGCCAAGAACAAGACAGGUAUCUGGACCUGUGGAAUGUGCUUGAAGGAGAUUUCGGACGUGUGGAUGUACAAUGAACAUUUACGAGAGCAUGCCACUCAGUUCGCUCGGAGGGGUCAGACUCAAGGCUCCAUGUUAGGCAUUCCAGGCUGCUUCAUGCAGGAGACAGCUGUGAAGAACUUUAUCACCUCCAUCAUGCAGCACCGCCCCAGCAAAGCCAGCAGAGAAUCCAGCAAAGCCACUAAAGAACAGGAAAAAGCUGUCACUGCAGACGGCGCUGUGGGAGAGGGGAAAAGCUCUGAGGGGGCUGAGCCAAAAGUUCACAAAACUAAAAGUAGCAGUGGAGCAGGCGGGAAGCAGAGCACAUUAACCCCGCUCGAGGUCCUCCACAAAACAGAGACACCUAAAAGUGUGGAGAUGCAUCCAAACUGCAAAGACCCCUCAAGAGACUGCCACCACUGCGGAAAGCAAUUCCCCAAGCCAUUCAAACUGCAGAGACAUUUAGUGGUUCACAAUCUGGAGAAGAUCUUCCUGUGUCACAAAUGCCCCGUCUCUUAUCAGGAGGCCCAAGAGCUCAAAGGUCACCUGAAGAGAGAACAUGAGGAGGUGGAUGAGCUGGAUUCCAAGCACACCACCCUCUACACCUGUGAGCUCUGUGCGGAUGUCAUGCAUGUGAUUAAAAAAUCUUUCAUCUGCAGCACCUGCAACUACACCUUUUCAAAGAAGGAGCAGUUUGAUCGUCACAUGGAAAAGCACCUGUCAGGGGGAAACAAAAUCUUCAAAUUCCGAGGUGUUCUCAGACCUGUCAAAGCGUCUGCUCCCAAAGAAGAUGAAUGUGAUUCGCCUGCGAGUAAAAAGAGGAGAAUUCUAUCUGACAGUCUGCAGGAAAACAGCUCAGACAGCGGCAUCGCCAGUGUAAGCUCACUGCACUUAAAUCAAAACUCAGAGUCUUCAAAACCCUCCGUGUCCACAUCAGACGACUCCACACAGACAAUCACAAAUGAAUACCACAGUGACACAAACAACACAAAUGUAAAGACUGAGGACGUUGCUGAGGACUACUCUGAUCUACUUGUAGAGCUGGAGAAAUGUAUUCAUAUGGGCUCAUCAGAGUCUGAUGCAACGAAGAAAGAAGAACUUGACACAGCCACCUCACCUCUUCCUGAUAAAGACACUAAUCGGAAAUCAAUUAGUGAUCCAUGUGACGUGAAAGAAGAGAAUGAGUCGGUCUGCAUUAGAGCAGAAACAACCUCAUGGUCAGCGUCUAAAGAGAGUAGUAGUGCGGGGGAGGACACUGUUAAAGCUGAGGAUAGCUCUGCUGAAGGUGACACAACUGAGACUGAAAAGGAAACAGAUUCACUUCCACUUAGCAAAGACUCUUUUGUCAGCUUAAAAGAAAAUCCAAUUAUUUCAAAGACACUUGAGACGAAGCGUGAAUCAGCUGCUGUUGUGAUGGAUCAACAGAGUGAUGAUGAGCAGUGUUAUCCCUCUCAGAAGGCUUCAAAUAAUGACAGCAAACAGCUAACAUUAUCCCAAGGUGCUGAGCCGGAAGGUAGCAGUCCCAUGAAAGACAAAGUCUCGCCUGCCAAAACAACGGAGAACACUAAAAACAGAACUGGCAGCAUGAAGGCUACAGACAGCACACCCGUCAUCAACUCCAAGGUUGAGGACAAAGACCCGUUGAGACAACAGAAGAAGAGGAAAGACAUGAAAUCCCCCCACAGCCUGCAGAGGGUUUCCUCUCCAGCCACACAGGAGAACUUUGGUGUUGACUCUCGGGCCAAGAAAAAAUUUCGCCCCAGCAAGUGUGCAAAUCAGUCUCUGCAAAGGAAGGCAGAUGGACCCAACGACUACCCUGUGCUGUCCUCAGUGCGGGACGACGUCGUUAGCAAUAAAAUUGUUUCCAAGUGCAAGACUUCUUCAAACUUGGGGUUGCAGUCAAAAAGAAACUUGCUUGACGGCUGUACACAGAAGAAAGCUGAGAUUGUGACGCCUCUUAACGGAGAUUACAAAGCCAAAAAGGGACCUCUGGGGCGGCCUUUGCACCCCCCUAUUUCAAAAGUGUCCUCAGUUCCCAUGAACAAUUCUUUGAAUAAAUCUAGGCCAAAGAUGGGGGUUAGGUCAAUAGAGAGCCAUUCCUACAGGACAGCAGAGUCCCAGAAUCACCUCUUAAGCCAGCUGUUUGGCCAAAAACUCACUAGCUUUAAGAUUCCUUUAAGGAAGGACACAUCAGAAACUAUUAACUGAGAGGGGCGUGAGGGAUCUGUGAAUAAGAGACACAGUUAUAAAUGUUUAAGAUAAUUCAUUACGGUGAAUGAGAUUGCACAGCCUUUUUUCUGUGAAAUGCUAUCUUUAAAUACUUACGUAGUCACUUUAUGUCUUCUUUGUACAUGUGUUUUUGUUACACAAAUGUGAGGACGAACGGCGUAUAUGAAUUUUGGGUCAAAAAUGAAUAUGCUAGUUGGGAAAAUCAUUGAACUCCUUUUCUGCUUUUCCUUUGUUGGCUAUUAUCUGUUUUAGAUAUUAUAUGUCAUUUACCUAAAGGACGGGAACAAUUACUUGAACAUAUGGUCAAAUGUUUUCUCCUAAGAAAUGCAUGUUCAUUUUGCAUUGGCUCUUAUCAGAUUAAGCCUUUCUGCAAAAAGGACCAAAUGACAUGGUAACUUUCCUGGACCUUUGUCUGUGCACCUUUUGUACAUGCUUCCAACAUAUUCAUUUUGUAUUAAUUUUUUACUUUACUGUACUGCAUUGACAUUCAUCAUACUAGCCUUUUGUAUAAACCAUAUGGUGCUGCAUUGUGUUUAAUUGUAAUGUGAAUGCAAAAUGUCCUCAAAAGGGAACAUAAGAUCUGUAGCAGUUACACUUCAUCCAUCCGACUGUCUUUACUGGUUCUCUGUUGUUUUUUAAAGCAUUCAAAUACUUCAUAAGAAGGCAAGAUUAGGAAAGCUUCCAUUGUAUAAUCUCAGGUGCAUACAAGGACAUUACAGUCCCAAGACCUGUAUUCGGAGUUCUUCCCAUGCACUGAUAAUCACACACAAAUCACAAACUCAAUCAACAUGUCUGUAACUCCAACUGUUUAAUUAUGAAUAGUAUUUACUACUACAACAAAGGUGCUUUAUCUUGUUUAUACUGUAUGUAUCUUAUAUUGUAUAAUAUUGUAGGUAGAUUGUUGUUUUUGGUGUCAUGCUUCAUGUCAAAGUUUUAUUUUAAUAAUGUGCAAAAGAAUCCGUGAGAGAUGAAAGGGGAUUGCAGUGCCUCUUCAAGAUGUAAAGUGGUUCACUAAGUGCCUCUUUUAUAGAUGGUUAUUAAAGAUCUGUAUUGGUCUCUA